GGGCCUACGGGGUGCCGUCGCAGCAGGCGUGCAGCCGGUGCUCGUCCUUCACGCAGGUGCCGCUGCAGACCAUGCCGGCAGGCGCGCCUCCGGCGGCCUACGCGCCGCCGUCGACCUACGCGCCGCCCUCCGUGGCGCCCCUGCCAGGCGGGUCGUACGUGCCGCCGGUGGCGGCUACGCAGCCACCCGUGCAGGUCGUACCGCCGACCCUGCCGUCAGGCGUUCCCGGCUACGCGCCCUCGGUGGGCUCCCGCGCGCCUGCGGCGGGCUACGCGCCCUCGGUGGGCUCCGGCGUGCCGCCGCCGCAGGUCGUGGGGGCUGCUGUGCUGCGGGCUGCAUCAAGGCACUCGGCUCGCUGGAGCGCGCGGUCCCGGUGCCCGUCGCUGCCCUGGGAUCCGCGU